AUGAUGAGGCUUCGAACCACUACAUUAUACGUAGAUUAUUCACAUCUGUUAUCCACCGAAAUAUCUCUUGCCAAUGCUAUCAGAGAUCAAUAUUAUCGGAAUCCAGUCCUUAGUAGAAAAUUUGAUCCAGAUUACUUACAUAUAAACAAUCAAACUCAUUCACCAAAUUCAACAGGUUUAAUUAAUCGACAAUUCAAUUUAGCUAUAAGUAAUUUACCAUUAGUGAUUGGUAUUCGACAUUUAAGAACUAAAAAAAAUGGAAAAUUAAUGUCAAUUGGUGGUACGAUUACUAGAACAAGUGAAGUUAGACCUGAAUUAAUCUUUGGUACAUUUCUUUGUGAAGAAUGUAAAACGAUUGUAAAAGAUGUUGAACAACAAUUUAGAUAUACAGAACCAAAUAUUUGUCCCAAUAUUCAAUGUAAUAAUCGAACAGAUUGGAAACUUUCAAUUGAACAAUCCAUUUUUUCAGAUUGGCAAAGAGUUCGAAUUCAAGAAAAUUCAAAUGAGAUUCCAACCGGUUCAAUGCCCAGAUCAUUAGAUGUAAUCUUACGUGGAGAGAUGGUAGAAAAAGCAAAAGCAGGAGAUAAAUGUGUUUUUACUGGUACCUUUAUUGUUGUACCUGAUGUGGCUCAAUUAGGUUUACCUGGUGUUAAUACUGAAAUGAUUAGACAUGCUGGUGAUAAUGGUGGGAAAGGCGGUGGUGGUCCUGCUACUAUGGGUGUUAGUGGUUUGAAGGUUCUUGGUGUAAGAGGCUUGACGUAUAAGACAGCUUUCUUGGCGUGCAUGGUUCAAAGGGCAGAUUCAAGAGUCAAUGUCGCCAAUGUCCAGACUUUAGAUCCAGAUGUAAUCCUGAAAUCAGUUAGAUCAAUUGCACCUACAGUCUAUGGUCACGAAAUCGUGAAAAAAGGAAUUCUAUUACAAUUAAUGGGAGGAGUUCAUAAAACAACACAUGAAGGUAUUAAUUUAAGAGGAGAUAUCAAUUUAUUUUAUACAAGUGGAAAAGCAUCAUCAGCUGCAGGUUUAACAGCAGCAGUAGUCAAAGAUGAAGAAACUGGUGAAUUUACAAUCGAAGCUGGAGCAUUAAUGUUAGCAGAUAAUGGAAUUUGUGCGAUUGAUGAAUUUGACAAAAUGGAUAUUUCAGAUCAAGUUGUAAUUGAUGAAGCAAUGGAACAACAAACGAUCUCGAUUGCGAAAGCUGGAAUUCAAGCUACUGUUAAUGCUAGAACUUCAAUUUUAGCUGCUGGUAAUCCUGUGGGUGGUAGAUAUAAUAAAAAGAUGUCAUCAAGAGCUAAUGUGGCGAUGAGUGGUCCGAUCAUGAGUCGAUUUGAUUUGUUUUUUGUCGUUUUGGAUGAAUGUAAUGAGGAUGUGGAUUUUGCUAUCGCUAGUCAUAUCGUCAACGCACAUUGGUUUAGGGAUGCUGCUAUCACUCCGGAAUUCUCUACUGAUGCUCUACAGAGUCCUGAGGCUUCAGCUUUACUAGAACAAAAGUAUCGAGAUCUGAGACAGGAUGAUUCUCAGGGAUGGGGAAGGAAUUCUUAUCGAAUCACUGUUCGUCAAUUAGAAAGUAUGAUUCGUCUCAGUGAAGCUAUUUGCUCACGGUAUGGAAAUGCUUAUAACUUGCUCAGACAAUCCAUCAUACAUGUCGAAAAAGAUGAUAUCGGUCUUGAUGAUGAUGAAUAUAAUGUACCAGAAGAAGUAGAAGAAGCAAUGGCCAAUAUGGAAAUAGAAGCGCAAGCCGAAAUAAAUCCCAUUACAAACACCGAUAUGACAGACCCAAGCUCCACACCCGCACCAGCACCAGCACCAAAAGUGAAAAGAAAACCAACAGUUUCAUAUGAUAAGUAUAUGGGUAUGAUGUCUUUGAUCCUUAGUAAACUUAAUACAGUUGAAAGAGAAACUGGAGAUGGAAUGAAACGAUCUGAACUUUGUCGAUUGGGGAUAUCUGAUGGUUCAUUGAGUCUAUGGUGA